ACUAACGGAGAAUCUAACAAAUCCUUAGUUACAAUGGAGAAUCUUGUAGACACAAAAGAUAAACGACACCAUAGAGAAACCACCGCAUCAGAGUCACCACUCUCUUCCACCACCACCAUGUCCUCCUCCAUUGACCAACCUACGAAGAAGCGAAAGCUCCACGACUCUCCGGAAACUACCGCCCCCUUUCUGCAAACCCUACCUGCUCCUCCGCCGUUAUCUCAAGAUGAAAUUCUCGCAAAACGCAGAAACAAAGACGCAAUUCGAAACGUUUUCGAAGUUUACAAACGAAUUAAACGUUGCCUCAUUCAGAAACCAGUUCCCUCCACAUCUGACCUUGACCAGAGCUUUCUUGCUCUCAUCGCUUCUUCCAGAGGUUGUAUGAGUGUACAGAGAAUUGUGGCCGAUUUAAUUCCUCGAUAUGCUUGUCACUGUCCAAAAGCUUUGGAAGCCGCAACUAAAGUGGUUAUCAAUAUGCAUAACUGGAGUUUGGCUUUGAUCAGUAAGGAAGAGGAUUCCAGUGGUAUUGCAUUUGAAACUGCUAAAGCUUGUAUUUUUGGAUUGGCUGAUAUUUGCCGCAUUGCUUCUUCAGUAGCACCAACAUCAGCUGUAAUUAGAGGAAUUCGCUCAGCAGUUUUUCAAAAUGUGCUCACCUUUUUUGUUGCGUUAUUUGAGGGAAAGGAUGUAUCAAAGAUGAUUGACAAGAAUUUCCUGAAUAUGCAAGAUAAACCUGAGGUCUUUUCUGAAUUGAAACAAAAGGUUUUAGAUGAAGAUGAUUCUUCAUUGACUAAAUUGUCUAAGUUUCAUACAUUAUGUAUACUUUGGGUAUUCUUCUCUUGUCCAAAAGAACUGCUUGCAGCUUGUUUGGAACUCUUACGCUCCGCCACAAACGAGGGAACUUCUAACGAAGGGCAACGUUUUAUGAGUAUGGUGACUAGCUUGCUUAAUGAUUAUGAAUCAGUUCUCCCUUUGGGCAGAGAAAACGAUGGACCUAAAUCAUGUACCGCUUCUAUUGGGCAAGGCAUCAAAGAGAUUGAGGUUGGCGAAAAAGUUAUCACCGAUGACAACCAUAUAUCCGAUGGUAUUCGAAAGAGCUGUUUGCUUAUGCUGGUUCUUAACAAGGACCCCUCACUGCGGAAAUGGACUCUACGUCGAUGUAAGAAGUUACUUGACUCACUCACUGAUGCUUCACUGGAAACUACAUCAAUAUUGCAAGGAAUUCUUGGAAUGUUCGCACAACAGACAGAGGUAGAAGACUGUCAAGUAGAUAGUGAUGAAGACAAGUCUGAUUCUUUAAUUUUCAUGAAUAGAAACUAUGUGGUUCCUAGGAUCUCUGAGGAACAUGAAAGUAUUGGUGAAACAUCACAAAAAGGUUCUCAUUUUGAUAAUGGAGGGGUAUCAAGGUCUGUGGGCAUUGAGAAAGGUGACAUGCCUAAUGUUAGAUGUUCCACACCUAGGGACUCUGCAAACCAUCAGAUAUUCUCACCUACAGUUAGAACAGCAGUAGACUAUAGGAGUAAUUCAUUUGAAGGUAGAAAUGAUUUCCCAACUGUCGAGAAAAAUCAAGUUUCGAAUAUGAAUUUCAAUUCACCUCUGUCGAGGUCCUCUAGUGGAGCUGUCAGCAAUGUUUUGGCUUCUCCUAAUCACCAUUUUAUGUCACCGUCUUCUUUAGCCAAAAGUCAAAUUGUUUGGUGCGGUGAUGGGGAUCCUGCUGCUGUUGAUAUUGUUGCUGCUUCUAAGCAGCUAUGGGUAGGUUGUGUAGCACCUGACAUGCCCGAAAGCCAUAUUAGGUUUCAAAUAGAGAGGUUUGGUCCUGUUGAAAAGUUUAUAUUCUUCCCAUUGAAAGGAUUUGCUUUAGUUGAGUACAGAAGGAUAAUUGAUGCGAUAAAAGCUCGACACUAUGCACCUGGAAAUUUUCCUUGCCGUGUAAAGUUCAUGGACAUAGGACUUGGUACUAGGGGUGCAAUGAAUGGUGUUGCAAUUGGCUCUAGUUUUCAUAUUUAUGUUGGAAAUAUUUCCAGUCAAUGGGCCAAGGAUGAGAUUCUUCAUGAAUCAAGGAAAGUAGUUUAUAAAGGUCCUCUCACAGUGAUUGAUCUUAGCUGUGAGUUUGCAUUACUUAUGGAGUUUGAAACCCCUGAAGAAGCUGCCUCCGUCAUGUUGCAUCUGAGACAGUUCCGAAGAGAAAGAAGUAAUUAUAACCCGCAUUUUGGUCCAGGAACAGUUAAUGUUGUAUCACCUCAUUCUCGAACUUUACCUGGGAGCCCUGCUGAGAGCAGUCGAACAAGAAUGUCUCACUUGGGUAACAUACUAUCUUCAUUGCGUGCAAAGUAUAAUAUUAAUCAAAACAUAGUUCUCCAUGAUAAUUAUAUUACUGGAAAUAGUUGUGCUUCUUCCAUGCGUGAGGAAGAUACAGUGCCAUCCAGCACUCUUUGGAUAACUAUUCCUCAUAGUAGUUCCCAGUUCCUCACAGAUGAUGAGCUAAUGAGUAUUUGCAACCUUGCUAUUGGAAACUCUGGUUCCAUUGCACGGUUAACACAAGCAAAAAUGCACAUGGGAGAUGGUUGGUUUGUUGAAUGUAGUAAUGUUGAUGGUGCAGUUUCCAUCUUAAAGAAUCUGCGUGCUUGUCCAGGAUUGUUCUUCCAAAUAGAAUUCAGCAAACCGGGAAAUCAGAAUGCUGUACCGUUUUCAAUUAAACCUGAAAACCAUGCUAUGGAGCUUGUUUCCCCCAGACUAAAUGCUGAGAAUCAUGGCAGUGGAGUACAUGGUGCACCUCUGUCUCAGUCAAAUCGGCACUUCCCUGAUUCAAGGGAGAUAUCAGAAGUUGGAGGAAGGAAACCUGAUGGCUAUAAUCAUUUAUCACUGGAUCCUCAUCAAGGAGGAAAUGUUCCACAUGUAUACUCUGGAGCACAUGGACCUUCCAUUCCACCACCACAACAAAUUCAGUCAUCUCCUUUCACCCGCCCUGUUUAUGUUCCUCCAAAUGGGCCAUGGGAUCCCCAUGGCAUAAAUAAUCAGUUACCUGUCAACCAAUUCCAGACAGGAGUAAUGCCAAAUAAUUUUAACGGCAGUCCUUUUAUACCUGCUUCAGUAGCUCCAGUUGGUCAGAUACAAGGAACUCCAAUGCAACCCUAUAACCAACAGAUUCCUCCGUCAAUUGUACCACCACCUUUGGCAUCUUUGCCACCUCCUCAGCCUGAAAUGCCAUCUCUUCAUCCGCAUCCUUCUUCUCUCCCACCUCUACCCCAGACACAACCACCCUUGGUUCCUCCACCACCUGGUUCUCCUCCUCCACCUCCUCCACCACUGCCUGUCCAAGAACCGGUCAAUAUGGAAUGUUCGGGGCAGACACUGCAGUAUCAAUGGCAGGGCAAUCUCUGUAAAAGUGGAGUUAGCUACUGUACAAUUUAUGCAUGCAGAGCAGAUUCAGAUAUUUGCAGAUAUUCGAAUACCACACCCGAGCCUUCCGAAUGGCCCACCAAAUUAGACAUGACUAAACGGACAGAUUUUCGACAUGUGCAAACAACAUUUGCUGCCACUCCAUCUCAUAGAAGGGAAGUGUGCCGUUUAAUCCCAUCUUCCACAAGUGACGACAGAAGGUUUCAGGAUUUCGUAUCAUAUUUAAAACAGAGGGAUUGUGCUGGAGUUAUUAAAAUCCCAGGUUCAAAAUCCAUAUGGGCAAGGCUGCUAUUUAUACUUCCUCAUUCACUUGAAAUGUGCUCGAUGCUUUCUAUUGCACCCGAUCCAUCUGAUUGCCUAAUUGCUUUAGUCUUACCCAAAGAAACAAACUUUGAGUGGAUGUGAUAAUUGUCCUUAAUCCCAAGGUAAGUUCACUGAGUAGCAUAAAUGUAUGCAAGUUUUUUUAUACUUUUGAUGUAGGAUUCUUUUUAGAGAGAAGCAAAUACAUAUAGUUAUGGAUGUGUAAAUCUGUCAAAACGGGCCACUUUGGCCCACCUAGAUUGACACAACAUGGAUUUGAAGUUACUAGCACACACCAUUUGUAAACUUUUGAUAAAUUUAAAAUUAUUUGAUGUUAUUGAAAUAUAUCAUGAUUGGGGUUAGUGUUAUUUAAUAAAAAAUGUACAUGAAGAUCAUCUUGAUAUAUUUCAAUGACAAAAUUAUUUUAGUUUAUGUAAAAUUUUACAGAUAUUAUCCAUGUGAUAGUAACUUUUAAACUAACAGUAAUUUUGUAAUAUAAAUUAGAUACAAAGUUGUUGACUGAUGUAAAUUAUCAGAGUGCAUCAUAGUGUAGUUUGGUUGCUCCAUAUAUACACACGGAACAUAUAAACUUAAUAGUUAUUUGCUUAUAUGUUUGUGAUGAUUCAA